AAAAGACUUUGAAGCAAUAUGUUAAAACCGAAUUGCUUGAGCCUUUAAUUGUUGAACAUUUUGAAUUUAUAAGCAACCUAACAAGAAACCGUUGGUGUGUCACACGAUCAUUUUAAGUUUAACAUUCUGGAUUUUAUCUCAAUAUUCACCUCGCUUCUGCUUUGUUUGUGUGUGGAUCUUUGCUUUUGGUAUUUUAACCCUAUCUUGGGUUUCUUCCUUUCACUCAAAAAUGACCUCUAUCAUCAUAAAUGAUAAGAGAAAUAUUAGAUUUAGUAAUCGUCUUUUAAAGGGAACCAACUGGUUAACUUGUAUUAUAUUUACUCUUCUACCUAUCUUUAUCUCUGGAAACAGUAAAUCUUUUUAUACAAAAAGUGAUCCCAUUCUCGACUCAUUUGUGAUUAAAUUAAACACCAUUAUCCGAACUUCCGAUUCCUUGGGUUCAGGAGCAAGAUACUUAAGUGAAACUGAAACCUCUUCUAACCAACAGUGUCUUCUCUGGUGUUGGGAUAAUCGUAACUGCACACUUGCUGUUUAUGAAGAAAAGAGUCAAGGAAGCUGUUAUUUAUUUGAUUGUGGUCCACCAGAACAGAUGAAAUGUAAAUUCACUGGACAUGAUCAUUAUACAAGUUCGUUGAUCAAAUUUAAUCGAAACUCUGUUGAUGGAAACACUGUUGAUCAAAGAAACCAGGCUAAGCAUGAAAAUGACUUGGUUAAUUUGAGAAUCUCUUCAGCUACUUCGGUUAAACCAAUUUCAACGUCCAAUAAUGAUUCCAAAGGAAUUGAAGUAACCUCUACAACCUCAGGAAGUUUGAGUCCUCCACCAUCUUCAGGAUCAACUUAUACAUCAACUUCAGCAUCUGUCAAAGCAUGUAAACAUCAUCAAUUUCAGUGCCGAAACACAAGUGAUUGCAUAGCAAUCUAUAAUGUAUGUGAUGGAAUUGUUCAAUGUUCGGAUGGAAGUGAUGAAGCUGUUGAUCUUCACUGUCCUACUGAGUCAGGAUAUCCUUCUGUCGAAUCUCAAGUUGCACUUCCACCUUCAAAUCAGGUAUCGAAUCGUCAAAGAUCACCAUCCUCAGCUUCAUUGCCUGUAUCAACGUCAACAAUCAAUUUUGCAAAUCCAUUGGAUAAGAAUGUUGGAGGAAGAAUGGAUGUAAAAGAUAAUGAGGCCAUAAGUGUUGUGGGUGUUGAAGGGGGCAAUGGAGUAGGACAGUUUGUACCAAAGAAAUCGGUCAAUGCUCAGGCUUUUAACUAUCCCAAGAGUCCUGAUAUUGUGAAUGAUCUUAAAGAGAAUGGUAAAAUGUCAAUGAACUCUCACAAAUUUGACGAUUACAAUCCUAUUCGGGAUAAAUUUGAAACAAAACCCUAUUAUCCAAGUUACGGAAAUCAAUAUUACCAACCACCUCUACCACCUCCACCACCCUCUUCACAUGGUGAUUUUUACAAUGGACCAAGAUCUCGAGGCUUUUCUACUGACACUGACUAUCCAAACAGCUUUACACGAGAUUAUUGGCAGCCUGAAAAUGGAAUUAUCGCAACUGGAGGAAAUGUUAGAUCCAACAAUCUGGAUCAUAACUUAAUUAAUCCAAUUUACCAUCAAUAUCGACCAACAAAUGAUAUUGGAUCUAUUAAUGUUAAUAAUAAUGGAAAUGGAGUGCCAAGUCCUCAAUCACAACCAGCACCAACUUUGACACGAAGUAUUCCAUGGUCAAAGAGCUCUUACUUAAACUCUUAUCAACGUAAAUCGACUGAGUUUACCAACAUGGAACCUGUGUCUCGAAUUGACAUGAUUGACACUCAGGGCUCAGGUGGAGGAGUCAACAAUGAACUUGGUGUUAAUAUUCGACAAAAUAAUAUUCGUGCACCUCAAGAACACUUGAAUUCUGUAAGAAAGAUUAAAAACUCUCAAUCAUUAGCUGAUGAUCUUAAAGAUCAUGCAAAUAAAAUUGAAACUUCAACACGAUCAUCUCCUUCUGGGUCUAUGGUACCAAUAACAAGCCCUUCAACCGCACCUACUCACACAGUUCAAAUGACACCAAUCAAAGGAGUUUCACAUUUAAAUUCUGAUAAAAUGUCUAAUGAAUGGGCUUUACCAGUAGCUGUUACCCAUUUAAGCAGUUCACAAUCUGGUCGAGAUACCAACUCUGCGGUUAUUGCUUUGGUUCUAGGUGUUGGUAUUACUGCAAUGUUAGUAACGCUGGUUGGUUGUCGUAUGAAAUACAUUAAAAGAAGAAUUGCAAGAAGAGGACGGAACUUGGCUCAUGAUGCUGAUUAUCUUGUUAAUGGAAUGUACCUAUGAAACCAAAGUAUUAACAAAAAAGUAAAGAAAAGUGAACUCAUUUGUAAUUCAGUAAAAUUUUAAUCUUUAAGCAAAUGAUAUUUGAUAUCUGGAUCAAGAAGGAAAACAAGAAAAUAGCUAAACAAAAGUCUUUUAUUGCGCAUUUUGUAGCUGUCCAGUUCUCAUUUUCAUUUUUUCAUCAUAUUUUAGAGAUGGUGGAGCUUCAUCAUUCCAUAAAUUGCACAUGAAAAAAUCAGCUUGUGAUGAUAAAGGUAAUGAAUCUUUAGGAAGUUUUCAUUGACUAUACAAAUAUUUGUAAUGGAUUUUGUAACAGACAAAAAAAACAAAGAAACUUUGUUUCAUUCUUUCUUUUUAUUUAAAAUUUUGUUGGGCUUAAAGUUAACUUAAAUUGAAAGAAGAAACUUAUAAAUCAUCUUGUUGUUUAUUUAUGUAAAUAAGCUAAUCACUAACUGGAUUAGUAUUGAUUCGAAAACAAUUUCAUUAAAUAUUUAAAAUACAAAAAAAUAAACCCUGAAUAAAACAAGUCUUUACUAACGA